AUGGCUAGAAUACACUUUACCAGCGGCGAGACCAGCGUCUCGAAACCGGUCAAGAGAAUGCGUUGGGCUACAACUCGAAAGCCUGGCCAAAGCGGAGCGAAGAAAAGACUAUCCCUGCUUCAAAGAGUGCCCAAAGUGACCGUAUCGACUUACGAAGAAAAGCCGGACGGCCCCAAGAAUUCAGGUCUGGUCACGGACGAGGGUCCCCUCGGCGAGCAGCAAAUACAGGAGGAGUCGCACGGGCACGGGCGCCAGAUCUACGUCAAUUUACCUCUCCCUCCCGAAGCAAAAACAGAAGAUGGCCAUAUCAUAGCCCAGUACUCGCGGAAUAAGAUUAGGACGGCAAAAUAUACCCCCCUGAGCUUCGUGCCCAAAAACUUGUGGUUUCAAUUCCACAAUAUCGCUAAUAUAUACUUUUUCUUUACUGUUAUCCUCAGUAUAUUCUCCAUUUUCGGAGCCUCGAAUCCUGGUCUCGGCUCCGUCCCCCUGAUAUUCAUCCUGACGGUGACCGCAAUCAAAGACGCAGUGGAGGAUUGGCGCAGGACGGUGCUGGACACCGAACUCAACAACUCACCCGUUUAUCGACUGGUAGAUUGGAACAAUGUCAACUCUUCGGAUGACGAUAUCUCCCUCUGGAGGCGCGUGAAGAAGACCUGCACGAGAUCGGUUAUCUCGACCUAUCGCUGGAUAAAGAGCUUGAGGAAAGGUCAUCCUAAACCAUCUGAAAAAGAUGCAGUCACCGAUCACCCUGGUUUGCAGAGAAAUAAUUCAAUCGCCACGAGACACACUAUUCGAAGCUCGAUCUAUUCGGAAGAGCGUGAAUCUUUCCAUUCCUCCCAGAGUCAGACCGGCGAAGAGAUUGCAAUGACUCCUGUGCCUUCCCCGGGCUAUCGAUCAAGCCUCUCUCCAGAUGCCAACGGCGGACCUCCGAGUAGCGCAUUCUCCUACGAAACGGCGGACGAAGCUCGCGCUGCCGGAGACAACGCCCCCUCAAUGCUCCGAACCCAGAAUUCCUCGAAAAGGAAGAGUGUUGCCCCCCCUAAGAAGGACUACGGCAGCUUGAUCAACCCUCACAAGGAAGUCCCUGAUACUGCCCGAUUCAAGAAAGACUACUGGAAAAAUGUCAAGGUUGGAGAUUUUGUCCGUAUCUACAAUGACGAGCCAAUCCCAGCCGACAUCGUCGUCCUCUCUACAUCUGAUCCGGACGGUGCUUGCUAUAUUGAAACGAAGAACUUGGAUGGCGAGACAAAUUUGAAGGUUCGGCAUGCCCUUCAGGCCGGACGCAGAGUCAAGCAUGCCAAAGACUGUGAAUUCGCCGAGUUCAUGAUCGAUAGUGAAGGGCCUAGCCCGAACUUGUAUUCUUACAGUGGAGUGGCCCGUUGGCAACAACAGGACCCCAAGAACCCUGACGCACCGACCCAUGACAUGGCAGAACCUAUCACCAUCAACAACAUGCUCCUACGUGGCUGCAGCUUGAAAAAUACCGAAUGGAUUCUCGGGGUGGUUGUGUUCACUGGGGGUGAGACAAAAAUCAUGCUAAAUUCGGGCAUCACACCCAGCAAACGUGCACGGAUAGCUAGGGAGCUGAACUGGAACGUCAUCUACAACUUUAUCAUCCUGUUCUUCAUGUGCUUGGUUGCUGGUAUCGUGCAAGGCGUCACCUGGGCCGGAGACGACAACUCGCUGAACUUCUUCGAGUUUGGCUCAAUUGGCGGCAAUCCCCCAACCGACGGCUUCAUCACUUUCUGGGCCGCCUUGAUUUUGUUCCAAAACUUGGUGCCAAUUUCCUUGUACAUCACCUUGGAGAUUGUCAGAUCCAUUCAAGCCUUCUUCAUUUGGUCCGAUAUCCAUAUGUACUACGAAAGGCUUGAUUACCCCUGUACCCCCAAGAGUUGGAACAUCUCGGAUGAUUUGGGACAAAUUGAGUACAUCUUCUCGGACAAGACUGGAACCUUGACUCAGAAUGUUAUGGAGUUCAAAAAGUGCACCAUCAACGGAGUUCCAUACGGCGAGGCGUACACCGAAGCUGAAGCAGGGAUGCGAAGAAGGCAAGGGAUUGAUGUCGAGGCUGAGGCCGCCCGAGUGCGUCAAGAGAUUGCAGACGCACGCGUGGAGAUGUUGAAGUUGCUCCGCAAGACCUACGACAAUCCUUAUCUUCACGACGAUGAGCUCACUUUCAUCUCUCCAACCUUUGUAGCUGACCUGAAUGGGCAGUCGGGCGAAGCACAGCAAGCGGCGACAGAGCGUUUUAUGCUUGCUUUGGCACUUUGUCACACGGUCAUCACGGAAACCACCCCGGGUGAUCCACCAAAGAUCGAAUUCAAGGCCCAGUCACCCGAUGAAGCUGCCCUCGUUGCCACGGCGCGUGACGUGGGGUUCACCGUCUUAGGUCGCACCAACGAUGACCUUCACGUUAAUGUACUUGGCGAAGAUCGAACCUACCGCAUCCUGAAUACUCUGGAGUUCAACUCGACGCGAAAGCGAAUGAGUGCCAUUGUGCGCAUGCCUGAUGGCAAGAUCAAGCUGUUCUGCAAGGGUGCUGACAGCAUGAUUUAUUCGCGGCUUGCUCGCGGUCAGCAGCAAGAACUCCGGAAAGCCACGGCUGAGAACCUAGAGAUGUUUGCCCGUGAAGGGCUCAGGACGCUCUGUGUGGCCGAGCGAGAUCUCGACGAAGAAUUCUACCAAGAAUGGAACAAGGAUCACGACUUUGCCGCCCAAGCUUUGACCGACCGAGAGGAUCGCCUCGAGGAGGUUGCCGACAGAAUUGAAAGAGAACUUACACUUCUUGGAGGCACCGCUAUCGAAGAUCGUCUGCAAGACGGUGUCCCCGACACGAUUGCCCUUCUUGGCCAAGCCGGCAUCAAGCUCUGGGUCCUCACCGGGGACAAGGUUGAGACGGCCAUCAACAUUGGAUUUUCUUGUAAUUUGCUCUCCAACGAGAUGGAUUUGAUCCUGUUCGAUAUUCCCGAGGCCAGCGUUGAUGAAGCUGCGAAGCUGCUCGAUCAGCAUCUCCAGACCUUUGGGUUGACUGGGUCAGACGGAGAACUUGCAGCCGCUCGGCACAUCCACGAACCUCCGCCUCCGACUCAUGCUUUAGUCAUUGAUGGAGAAUCGCUCAAGUUGGUCUUGCGAGAUGAACUGAGACAGCGGUUCCUGUUGUUGUGCAAACAGUGCAAGUCUGUCCUUUGUUGCCGGGUUAGCCCUGCACAAAAAGCCGCUGUGGUUCAGCUUGUCAAAAGCGGUCUGGAUGUCAUGGCUUUAUCUAUCGGCGAUGGUGCCAAUGAUGUUGCCAUGAUUCAGGAGGCUGACGUUGGUGUCGGCAUUGCUGGUGAAGAAGGGCGGCAGGCCGUUAUGUCGUCCGAUUAUGCCAUUGGUCAAUUUCGCUUUCUGCAGCGUUUGGUUCUCGUCCACGGUCGUUGGUCCUACCGCCGUCUUGCCGAGAGUAUUGCUAAUUUCUUCUACAAGAAUCUGGUCUGGACUGUUGCACUGUUCUGGUACCAGAUAUACAACAACUUUGACAUUACCUACCUCUUUGACUAUACCUACAUCCUGCUCGUAAACUUGGUCUUCACAUCCUUGCCCGUCGGGCUGCUUGGUUGUCUGGAUCAAGAUGUCAGCGACAAGGUGUCUCUUGCAGUCCCCCAGUUGUACCGACGCGGGAUGGAGCGAAAAGAAUGGACGCAAGUGAAGUUCUGGUUAUACAUGGUUGACGGCCUGUAUCAAUCUGCCAUUUGCUUCUUUAUGGCCUAUCUCCUUUUCCAACCCGCGACCUUCGAGACUGAGAACGGACGAGGUAUUGCCGAUCGAAGCCGCAUGGGUGUCUACGUUGCCUGUGUGACUAUCGUUGUCAUCAAUUCCUACAUCCUUCUCAACACGUACAAAUGGGACUGGCUCAUGGUGCUGAUCACUGUCCUCAGCAGUCUCUUGAUCUUUGCCUGGACGGGUAUCUACUCUUCUUUCGAAGCAUCCUUCCAGUUCUACAAAGCUGGGGCUGAGGUCUAUGGGCAAUUAACGUUCUGGGCGUUAACAUUGCUGACAUUCGUGAUAUGUCUGCUGCCUCGCUUCUGCGUGAAAUACUUCCAGAAGAACUACAUACCCUACGACAUUGACAUUAUUCGGGAACAGGUUCGACAAGGUAAAUUCAAAUACUUGGACGAUUAUGAAGCUUAUGUUCCUCCCAAAAUCGUCGACGUUUCAGGCACAUCAUCGGAACAGCCCGAAGAAGUUCAUGUGGAGCCGAGCGGGCAGCAGCAGGCUCAUCAUGCACGAUAUGGAAGCAUGGCGGAAUCGCAGCGACCAAUCUAUCCGCCCUCGGAGGCACCUACCCGUCACCCUCACAGCCAAACAGGCAGUGACGGCACGGAUAGAACACAGCCGUCCUUCGACAUCACGGGAUAUCCUGGAGACUCGUCUACCCCCGAGAAGUUGCGGCGGAGAAGACCUUCGGUGGAACGUGCUCGCUCGUCAUUUGAGAGGCAACGCCAGUCUUUCGACAAGCUGAGACCGAGUUUCGAAGGGAGUCGCGAUUUCACCAGCGCCGCCAUGUUGUCAAGAAUGGAAUCUCAGUAUUCCCAACCUGGUCUUAGUGAGGUCAAUACUCGAAUAAUCCCUGAGGAGAACGUGCAGUGA